AUGAAGACGAUACCCAGUCCAAAAUCGUUACCGUUUAUCGGUACGACUUUAUCGAUACUGGCAAACGGAGGACCGUCGAAAUUACAUUUGUACGUGGAUAAACGUCACAAAGAAUUGGGUCCGAUUUACCGUGAAAAACUUGGACCCGUGUCAGCGAUAUUUGUUUCCGAUGGCGAUUACAUGAGGAAAAUUUUUGCACUCGAAGGAAAAUAUCCGAAACAUAUAAUUCCAGAAUCGUGGAUGUUAUAUAAUGAAAAAUACAAUUGCAAAAGAGGAUUGUUAUUCAUGGAAAACGAAGAAUGGUUCAAUUAUCGAAAAAUUAUGAAUAAUUCAAUGUUGAAAAUCGGAGAGGAUAAAUACGUUAGGGAAUCAAUUUACGUCGCGGAAAAUUUGAUUGAAAAUUGGAAAAGUGAUUCGGUCGUCGAAAAUUUGGAAAAACAAUUAUACAAAUGGUCACUCGAAGUUAUGAUCGCCAUUUUACUCGGAACGGAAAAUUAUUCUCGAAACAAAUUUAUAUUGUCGCCAUUCGUUGAAAAUCUAUCGCAAAAAACUCAUAGAAUAUUUAUCGAAAGUGCUACCCUAUCGCUUUUACCCGUUCAAAUUGUCGCAAAAUUAAAUUUUCCAGUUUGGAAAAGAUUUGUCGCGGCUGCUAAUUCGGCCAUGGAACAAGGGAGAGAAAUAGUUGAAAAACUUAUGGAUAUGAAUGAAAAAAAUCCAAUUCCUGGAGGACUUUUACAAGAAUUAUCAAUUAAAAUAAAAAAAAAAGAAGAUUUAAUAAGAAUAGUAAUAGAUUUGAUAUUAGCAGCUGGAGACACUACGGCUUACACAAUGCUUUGGUCUCUUUAUCUUUUAUCAAAGAACGAAACAACACAAAAAGAAAUUUACAAUGAAAUUAUUAAAGAAGAUGAUAAUAAUAAUAAUAAUACGCAAAACGUUUUUAAUUUGCCUUUAUUAAAAGGUUGCCUGAGAGAAACAUUAAGACUUUAUCCAGUUGCACCUUUCAUAACAAGAUUCAUGCCAGAAGAUACAAUUUUAAACGAUUAUAAAAUCAACGCUAAUGAAUUAGUUUUAUUAUCACUUUAUUCGAGUGGAAGAAAUGAAAAAUAUUUUCCUGAUUCGAAAUCAUUUUACCCUCAAAGAUGGUUAAGAUGUGGUGAUAAAUAUAAAGGAGUUACUAAUCCAACUGCUUCUUUACCUUUUGCUAUGGGAUCUAGAUCUUGUAUUGGGAAAAAAAUUGCUGAAACUCAAAUAUUAAUCGCUUUAUCUACUAUAUUGAAAAAUUAUGAGGUGAGACUCGAAAAUGAUAAAGAAAUUAAUAUGGUGCUUCAUUUAAUAUCAGUACCAGCUGAACCGAUUAAAAUUAUGUUAAAAUCGAGAAAAUGA